AUGGUGACGAUCUGUACCUACAAUGAACGUACACUUGCAUCCGAGUACUCGAUAGAAGAUUUGCUCAUGCAAGUAAGAAGGGUAAGGCACGACGUCAUCGGCCUGGUCCAGACGAGACGACGCCACCCAUUCAACGCCAUCUAUGGCACCGGAGAAGAACUGUUUCUCGGAACAUGCGACAGUAGAGGAGUCGGCAGCGUCGGCGUUCUCGUCAACACGAGUUUAACCAUAAACGCUGAUUCAUUCGAACAACUUACAACGAGAAUCGGACGUUUACGAUUAAAAAGAUGUGGAUCAACACCGGCUUUGACAAUCUUCGUCGCUUACGCGCCAACAUUAAACUAUGACGAAGACGAAGAUGAAGCAUACUAUAUGGACUUGGAGGAGUUAUACAGAGAAGAUCAUACAUUCUUCAAGACCAUCAUUGGAGAUUUCAACUCUAAAACUGGACCAAGAAGAACGCCUGAAAAACGUCAAAAUGGCAUCCACGAAUUGGAGUGGAACGAACAGCGUGAGUGGCUAUCUGAGUUUUUCAUGACGACCAAAACCAUCCAUAAUAUCUCGCAAUUCCAGAAGCCCCACUCUCAACGCUGGACGUGGGAUUCUCCCAAUGGUGAGUACCAUAACGAAAUAGGCUACAUCAUAGUAAAUAGAAGGUUUUGCCUAACCGAUGUCACUGUUGUCUCAAAAUUCUACAUGGGAUCAGGCCACUGCUUCCUUCGUGCAACAUUAUGGGUGUAUUUCAUGUAA